AUGCCCCCCCAACCCCUCAAACUCCUCAUGCUGCACGGCUACACCCAAUCCGGCCCCCUCUUCCACGCCAAAUCCCGCGCCCUCAUAAAACACAUCACGAAAGCAUUCUCUGCCUCCCACGAAGUGGCCGCAAUCUACCCAACCGGUCCCAUCCGUCUCGACCCCGCCGAUAUCCCAGGCUACGAGCCCCCCACCACCAACGAGGAACAUCCCACCCCGGAAGCGCCCGAAGCGUACGGGUGGUUUCGACGAUCGAACACGGCCAAUCCGCCCCUUUAUAUGGGAUUGGAAGAUGGGCUGGCGGCUGUCGCGAGGGUCUUGAAGGAGGAAGGACCGUUUGAUGGCGUGAUUGGGUUUUCGCAGGGAGCUGCGAUGGCGGCGAUGGUGGCGUCGUUGUUGGAAGGGAAUGUAAGGAAAGAGGCGUUUGGGAAGGCCAAGGCGAAGGGACUUGGGGACGCAAGUGACGGGGACAAGGAAGGGGUGUUUGGGUAUCCGGCGUCGUUUGAGGGAUUGGUGCAUCCGCCGCUGAAGUUCGCGAUCUGUUAUAGUGGGUUUCGGUCGCCGGGGGCGCGGUAUCGUGGGUUCUAUGAGGAGCCUGGGGUGCAGACGCCGAUGCUGCAUGUUCUGGGGACGUUGGAUGCCGUGGUGGAGGAGUCGAGGAGUCGGUCGUUGAUUGAGGCGUGUGUCGGGGAUCCCGAGGCUGAGGGGAAGGUGGUUUGGCAUCCUGGGGGACAUUUCUUGCCGAGUCAGAGGCCGUAUUUGGAUGCUGCGGUGAGGUUUGUUAGGGAGUCGGUGGAGGAGAAGAAGGGGAAGGCGAGCGAGGAGGAAGAGGAUGUGAAUGAUAUGGAUUUGCCGUUUUAG